AUGAGAAAAUCUUAUAACGUUGAAGACCCUCAAAAGUUAUUGCCUGUUCAUUAUAGUUCAUUCCAUUAUAAGGCAUUAUAUGAAAAUCCGAAUGAAACGCCUCCUCCUGUUGAUCAAUUUGCUCCGUUAUUAUCAAAAAAGAUCGUUAAAGCAAAAAUUAAAUACAAUACAAGGGGAUCAUCAUCACAAGGAUUUAGAAGUAGAGCUCCUUUUUCACCUCAAAAUACAAUCAGAUCAAUAAAUACUCCAAAUAUAAUUCAAAAUACAGGAGAAACGCCUCUAGGAAGCUUAGACGAACAUAUAAGAUGUGAAGAUUGCUUUGAUAAGAUCAUUUCUGGCUCUUUUGACGCUCCACUUGCAUUUUUAGUCGAAACCAAUUUUACAACGUUCUUUUUUGCACAGCGAGUUCACUUUUUCCACGAUAUAUCAAGUAUACAAUACUUAUAUGGUCCUACUUUGGGCAUUUCAGUUCCAUAUGGAUCUGGAUUAGUCGGAUAUUGCCAUUAUUCAAAGAAACUCAUUCGAAUCAAUGUAGCAGAAGAACAUGCUUCUUAUCAGCCAGUAUAUGAUAAGCGCCUUUGCAAUCCUGAAUCAUCAAUUAUGUUAAUUCCGAUUUUUUCUGCAAAUGGAUCUACGAGUGCCAUCAUAGAAGUCGUCAGAAAUACACCAUUUGGCGAUGAAGAUGAAGCCCGCGCUCAGUAUUUCCAAGAAAAAUUCAAGUUAUACUCAAAAUGGAUUUUAAAUCCACAACUUCCUGAUACAGCAUUCUCAGAUUUCUGUCUUGCCAAUAGAUAUGGAGUUUUUGUUGACAGAACAUGCCAACAGCUUACUAAAUACUUCAUGUGCAAGAUUGCUGAGCUCUGGCAAUACAAUAAUCAAACUCACGAGCUGUUUCAGCUUGUUCCUGGCCUUCCAACACCUCAAUUUGUCCAAACAUCAGAUGCAGGAAUUGUCGCGCACUCUUUAAUCCAUAAGGUCUCUGUUUCCGCUGACAGAAGUGAUAAACACGCCGCAUUUAACGCAAAAACUGAUAUUGCUGACCAAUCCAUUUUAGUUUUGCCAGUUAUUGGACCAACAAAUGCAAUGACGUAUGGUAUUGCAUUACGUGGUAAAAGACAACCUGCUUUCUUCACAGAUUCCGAUGAGAAACUAUUAGCGAGAGUUUCUCCAAUAAUUUUUUCAAGUUUAGCAGCGAGUGAAGCGAUUGAAGAGAGCCACAAACAAGUUGAAGCAUCAAAUGUUGCUCAGAACAGACUUAAAUCUCUUCUUGAUGUCGCUAAAUCAAUUUCCUGCCAAUUGGAUAUAAGAGAAUUGAUCCCAAUGAUUAUGAACAAAGCCUGUGAUUUAGUGUGUGCGGAUAGAUGUUCAUUGUUCAUGGUAAAUGAAACAAGAGACCAGUUAUAUACAUCUUUCUCAGGUGGUCUUGCCAAUUCCAUUUAUAUCCCUAUCAAUGCAGGUAUCGUUGGUUCAUGUGCGAUGUCUCAAUCAAUUCUAAAUAUAAGAGAUGCUUACGAAGAUCCAAGAUUCAACAGAAACACUGAUAAGCAAACAGGUUAUAGAACUAAAACAUUGCUCUGCGUUCCAAUUAUCGAUGACCAUGGAAAUAUCCAAGGUGUUACAGAGAUGAUCAAUAAAAUGGAUGGACAUUUCUCAUCAGAUGAUGAACAAAUGAUGGAAGUUUUCAAUGUUUUCUGCGCUUUAAGUAUAGAAAACGCGAAAUUGUAUAAUGCAUCAAUAGAAUUGACGAUGCAGCUUAAAUCAAUCAUGGAAAUAUCACAGACUCUCACAAGAACAUCUGAAAUGCAUUCAGUUGUCGAUAACAUUCUCAAAGACACAAGAAAAGUUAUUGGAGCUGGAAGAGCACUUUUGUAUUCAGUGAAAGGAGAUAAUUCAACGGAACUUUUAUCAUUGAAUGAAGAUGUUGAACUCAAGAAGAAGAGAGAAAGUAAGAGAACUGAUGAACAGAAGAAUUUGACUAAAAGAGCAAUGAUUAACGAAAUGAUGACAGGAAGAAAAGAAAAGGUGACAACAAAUGAUGAAGAUGAUAACGAAAUUUUAGAUACAAUGUCUAAAGCGAUUCUCAGAAGACAGUCUAUUAUUCUUGACAGCGAUGAUAUUACUAAAGGAACUUUGGCUUGUCCAAUCUUGACAAGAGAUAGAGCAAAUGUAAUUGGUUGUUUGGUAAUGCAGUGCAAGUUGAAGGGAAGUUUGCACUUCCAAAAGACUGAUUCUGAUAUGAUUGAGUCAUUCUCUAUCUUUAUGUCCAUAGCACUUGAAAAAAUGGCUCAAGUUCAGACAUCAGAUGCGACAAGUUAA